AUGUCGUACGCACCUUAUGGUGCUUUUGAUCGGGCGGGCCGCGAUCGCUCCGCUGCGUCGCGUCCGCCAUCAGGGCAGCAGGCCCCCGCUGAAGAUGCCUCAAGUUUCGCCUUUCAAAAGUUUCCACCCAAACCAUUUCGGCAGACUGCGUACGCGCGCCGGCCAGAGACACGCCAAGUGACGCUGGGCUGCAAACCGGACCAGCAUCGCUUUGUUCUAACAAAGCCGACACCACCACAGCGCCUUCGAUUGAGCAUCAGGUCACAGGUGCGACAAGAAGCUUUGGCGAACCAUCAAGAUAUCCCACCCGAGCCAGUCCUGCUGGUUUGCAAUGGCAAUGAAAUUACAGCAGACACUGUCACCGUGGACCAACCCACUGUGAAGUGUUGCCUCUGUCGCAAUUCAACUCCUUGGGCCAUCCUCAAGCUGGGCGACAUUGUGAACCUGUGUGCCCGAUAUCCCGAUAAGCGCUGGCUUCACCGUUGGCUCAAAAAACUGUACCCCGCUGAACGCGAACGGCUAUCUGCACGCGCUCGUCGCAAUGGCCAUCGGCUCAGCGAUGCGCUGGACCCUGCUGCUACUGCCUUGGAGCGGGCCAAACAGCUGAUUGAUCAGCCCCAGCCUUCUUCAGCAUCGACGUCACGACGAACCUCCACCCCUAGCAGCCCGAGCUCAUACGCUCAUGCGAGGGUCGAAGCGCCUCUCUCGGCCAAAGGCGUGCGUGAACGCCGCUCAUCCAGUGGGCAAGCUGCUAUACAACGGAGCACAGCCCGGGCUCAAUCAUCUUCAAGCCCCAUGCUGCGCUCAACUGAUCAUGCUCAAGGCUUGCGCCUUUCCAGUGACCUAGCAGCCACAUCGCGUAUCUACACCCCUUCAACGCCCACACCAUGGUUUUCAGCUCACAGCUCCGUGUCGCGGUCGAUGCCCGCCAGCCGCCGGAUGAGUACCCCUCUGUCUUCUGUUCAGAGCUCCGUGACAGAGAGCCCGCGAUCUUCAAUGUUCAUGCCGCAAUGGUCAUCGGCCUCUUCCGCCGCUGCACCUUCUUUGGCUGCCUCCCAAGACCAAGAGCGCAUUGCUCAACUUGAGAGAAGUCUGCAGGAAGCCCAAGUUUUGAUCGCGGAACAGCAAAGCGAGCUGCACCGACAUCACCGUGGUCCGUCACCCUCACCACCCACCUUCUCAGCCUAUCCCGAUGCCGUGAGUGCACAGGCGGCUGCACUAAGGUUCUACAAGCAGGCGCAAGAGCGCCGGCUUCUUGACGACUAG